GUUUAUAUAUGAUUACGAAAAGACGAACGUCAUUUUUUCAUACGUGGAAUUAAUGAUAAGAAUAAACUUAAUAAUCAGAAGAUAUGUGAAUUAUGAUGUCCACACUACCUGAUUUGCUUGAAAUAACAAAAUUAGUGUUAUCAUGUGUUGUUCUGAGUAUUAUAUUCGUACCGUUAAUUCUCAUGAUAUUUUUGAAACUGAGAUUCACGAGGAGUCGUAAAAAAAAGAAUGACAAAAUUACUGUUGGAAUCUUUCAUCCGUAUUGUAAUGCUGGUGGAGGAGGAGAGAGAGUACUUUGGACUGGAGUUAAGGCCUUGCAAUCAAAAUACGAUAAUCUUCAAAUUUAUAUCUACACUGGAGAUUUAGAUGCUGACAGAAAUAAAAUUCUUAGUAAUGUUGAAAAAGUGUUCAAUAUUAAAAUUAAAGAUAAUAUUGAAUUUAUAUAUCUGUUUCAAAGAAAAUGGAUAGAAAGUGAUAAAUAUCCAUACUUUACAUUACUUGGCCAAAGUUUGGGUUCUAUUUGGCUUGGGUAUGAAGCAAUGACUCUUCUUCAACCAGAUAUAUUCAUAGAUACAAUGGGAUAUGCAUUCACAUAUCCCUUAUUUAAAUACAUAGGUAAUUGCAAAGUAGCAUCUUAUACUCAUUAUCCUACAAUUUCUGUAGAAAUGUUGCAAUAUGUCUACCGUAGAGUGAUUCGACAUAAUAAUCGCAGAGUGAUAGCUAGAAAUCCAUUUUUAACAGCAGCCAAAAUGACCUACUACAAGAUAUUUGCAUUCUUAUAUGGUCUUGUUGGAAGAGCUGCAGAUAUUGUUAUGGUCAACUCUUCUUGGACUGAAGAUCAUAUCAAUUCAAUUUGGAAAUGUCCACUGAAAACUCAUCGUAUUUAUCCUCCUUGUGAUAUAGAAAAACUAGUCAAUUUACCAUUGAUUACUGAUGAAGAAAAAGGCGAUAUUGUACGCAUAGUUUCCGUUGCACAAUUUAGGCCUGAAAAAAAUCAUCCUCUUAUGCUUAGAGCUAUGUAUGAAUUGAGAUCGAUACUAGGUGAAGAUGCAUGGAAAAAAAUACGCCUGGUGUUGAUUGGAUCAACUCGUAAUUAUGAGGAUGAAGUACGUGUAAAGGAUAUGCAAGACUUGUCAAAACACUUUGCCUUAGAUGAAAAUAUAGAAUUUCACUUGAAUAUAUCUUACUCGGAACUAAUCGACCAACUUCAACAGUCAAUGAUAGGCUUGCAUACAAUGUACAACGAACAUUUUGGAAUAAGUGUUGUAGAGUGUAUGGCAGCAGGUUUGAUUAUGGUAGCUCAUGCAUCAGGUGGUCCAAGAGCUGACAUUAUUGAAACUCAAACUGGGUCACAAACUGGAUUUUUGGCUCAGACCGCCGAAGAAUAUGCUCAAACAAUGGCCUACAUCAUAAAAAUGACACCACAUGAAAGAGACACUAUUCGCAAUGCUGCUAGAGCUUCUGUAAAUAGAUUUUCAAUUGAACAGUUUGAAAAAGAAUUUUUGAGGGUACUUGAUCCUUUGUUCAAUGUUAAAUAGUGUGUGAUAAAUAAAAAAGAAACU